AGAGCCGUAGUCGUGGCAUUAUUUUUCUUCGCAAGAGCCAUUGUCGGGGGUCUAUUCGUCAGCUUCGGCGCCGCCCAGUUCUCCCACUUCCGGGGCCGCCAAAAUUCCCUCCCCAAUUCUCUCGUGCUUUCUCUCGACCGCCGCCACCGCCUCCUCUCCUCCGCCACCGCCACCGCCACCGACGCCUCCAAAACCCUACACCCCAGCAGAGUCAGCAAGCGUUGUAGCAGGCUGCGGCCGCUGCCUCGCUGCGAUGCACCGCGCCUUCGAGGAGAUCUCCGACGAGGAGUGGUCUAAUCACACCUUCGAGCCCUCGCGCGUCCUCAAGCGCCCUAAUCAGCGGCCCUCGCAGCCUCCGCCGUCGAUCGAUUCAUUCAUCUACAACCCCAAGGCUUGCUCCGCCGCCGGCACCAGCACUGCAACUGUCGUCCUCUCGGACGACGACAGCGACUUCGACCUAGGUGCGGACGGGGGUUCCCGCCGCGCUGCGAAGAGCCAACGCGUCCUCAAGCGCCCGCAUAACGGGGCCCCAUCGCGGCCUUCUCUGCCAGUUAAAUCGUCCCGCCGCAAUCCCCAACCAUCCAAUGCCGCUGCCGCCUUUGGGUUCUCCGAUAGUGAGGACGAUGACUUCGAUCUUCCUACGUCGCCUUUGAGGACGUCAAGCCUUCGCCGCAAAGGAAAGAACCAACGCCCCCUCAAGGCCCCUCAGCUCAAACCUCACUUGCGGGCUCCUCCGCCACCCAACUCUUCCAGCCAUAAUCCGAAACGGUCCAAAUUUGCCUCCGAUGUGAAGCUUUCCAACAGUGAGGACGACGAUUUCGACCUCACAAAAACGUUAAGCCUCAACAGCAGCACAAAUAGGCAACACAUCCAGAAGCGUCCACAGCACAAGCCCCGUUUGCAGCAUCGUCAGUCCUUUGGCUCAUCUUGCGGCAAUCAGAAGCAUUCCAAGGCUGUUGCCACCACACGGCUAUCUGACAGUGAUGAUGAUGACUUCAACAUCACGGACAAUGACUUUGACCUUCCAGCUUCGCAUUCAAGGAUAUCACGCCCACGCCGCACUACUAGUUGCCGCCGGUUGACGAGUUUUGCUAUUGACAUCUCUGAGGAAGACGAAGAAGACCUUGCUGAUGAUGACUUCGACUACCAAGACCCAAGGCCUCCCCAGCAACGCUCCUCUGGCCGCCGCUUUGUGGUCGGGGACGAUGAUGACAGUGAUGUGCCUGUAGCUCUGGAGGAGGAGGAUGGGGUGAAUUGGUCGGAGCUGGAGAAGGAGGACGUAGAUGAGGACUACAAUGGGGUGAGAAGUGUACAUGUGGAGGAGCCCGAGGGAGAUGUAGUGGGAAUGGCAUUGCACAAAUGUUCACGCAUCUCGUCAGAUCUGCGCAAAGAGCUUUUUGGUUCAUCAGCGCAGAAUUGUGAAAGCUACUGUGAGAUAGAUGCUUCCACUUGUGGUAUUGUUACUCAGGAAGACGUAAAUGCUGCAUGCACACGUGAGAAGUCUGGGUUUGAGCCUGUGUUGAAGCCUUAUCAGCUUGUGGGAGUCAAUUUCCUUCUCCUACUGCAUCGGAAAAGCAUUGGUGGAGCAAUUUUGGCUGAUGAAAUGGGUCUAGGGAAGACAGUGCAGGCUGUCACUUAUCUUAAUCUAUUACAGCAUCUAUAUAAUGACCCAGGUCCACAUCUGAUAGUUUGCCCAGCUUCCGUGUUGGAGAAUUGGGAAAGAGAACUCAGGAAAUGGUGCCCUUCGUUUUCGAUCAUCAUGUUUCAUGGAGCUGCAAGGACUACCUACUCAAAGGAAUUAAGCUCCUUAGGAAAGGCUGGCUGUCCAGCUCCAUUUAAUGUCCUCCUUGUUGGCUACUCACUUUUUGAAAGGCGGAGUGCUCAGCAAAAGGAUGAUCGUAGGGCCCUCAAAAGAUGGCGAUGGAGCUGUGUUUUGAUGGAUGAAGCACAUGUUUUGAAAGAUAAGGGUAGCUUCCGAUGGAGAAACCUGAUGGCUGUUGCGCAACAUGCUCGCCAAAGGCUAAUGCUGACAGGAACUCCUCUCCAAAAUGAUUUGCAUGAGCUAUGGUCAUUGUUGGAGUUCAUGAUGCCUGAUAUAUUUGCUACUGGGGAUGUUGAUCUGAAGAAGCUGCUGAAUGCAGAAGAUCGCGAACUAAUUUCACAGAUAAAGUCCAUUUUAGGGCCAUUUAUUCUUAGACGUUUGAAGUCAGAUGUAAUGCAGCAGCUUGUUCCUAAAAUCCAACAUGUUAAGUUUGUUGUCAUGGGCACAGAGCAGUCUGAAGCUUACAAAAAUGCCAUAAAUGAGUACCGUGCUGCUUGCCAGGCUCGUAGUGCCAAGUCUUCAGAUGGCAUUUCCAAUAAUGUUGCUGGAUUGAUUCCAAAGCGACAAAUAUCAAACUAUUUUACACAGUUUCGUAAGAUUGCGAAUCACCCUUUGCUUAUAAGGUGUAUUUAUGGUGACAAAGAUGUUGAUCGAAUUGCACGGUUGCUGUACCCUAAAGGUGCAUUUGGCUUCGAAUGCUCCUUGGAGAGAGCAAUACAAGAGCUAAAGAACUACAGUGAUUUCAAUAUCCACCAACUAUUAUUGUCAUAUGGUGAUGUGGGCACAAAGGGCGCUCUAAAGGAUGAGCAUGUUUUUGCAUCGGCAAAAUGUCAGGCCUUAGGGGAGCUUUUACCUUCUCUGGCAAAUGAUGGUCACAGAGUACUCAUAUUUAGUCAGUGGACCACAAUGCUUGACAUCCUUGAAUGGGCAUUGGAAAUUAUAGGAGUUACAUAUAGACGCCUUGAUGGAGGGACCGCUGUGACAGAAAGGCAGACUAUAGUGGACACGUUCAACAACGAUCUUUCUAUAUUUGCAUGUUUACUUUCUACAAGAGCUGGAGGCCAGGGUCUGAACCUUGUAGGAGCUGACACAGUCAUUAUACAUGAUAUGGAUUUUAACCCCCAGAUGGAUCGGCAAGCUGAGGACCGUUGCCAUCGCAUUGGACAACAGAAACCUGUCACUAUCUAUAGGCUAGUGACAAAGGAUUCAGUUGAUGAAAACAUCUAUGAGAUUGCAAGGCGGAAGCUAGUACUAGACGCUGCAAUUCUUCAUUCUGGAGCAGAGUUGGACAAUAGUACCGAUGUACCAGAGAAGACAAUGGGGGAGAUUUUGGCAUCUCUUCUCCUGGUCUGAAGUUCUAACCCUGGAGUUUCUUGAAGUUGGGUGGUGAUUCCUCACUUCAUGACAUAUUGUUGGUGUACUGCUCAAAGCUGCUCUGCUUGUUGUUAUGUUGUAUCUAAUCUUUUUUCUUGAACAGACAGGAGAACUCCAUAUCAUUGCUUUAACAAAGAGAGUUACAACACCUAAACUGUUGUUGACUCAUUUGUGGGCCUGCAGUAUGCCAGGCGCCACCGUGGCUAGCUGAGAGUUUUGCUCAGGUUCUGUUAGUCAGUUGCUUAGCAGAGAAUAAGAGAGGUCUAUCCUUAUCCCGGUUUAGCAGUGGAGUUUAUCCUCGGUUACUAGCUGUUAGUUAGACGAAUAAGGAAUAAUACGUCCUGUACUUCUAUAAAGAGGACCAUAGUCUGUACUAGUUAAUUAUCAAAGAGGACCAUAGCUUUCCUUGGUUGGGGCGGUGAACUGCUUCAAUCGCUCUAGCGCCCAGAACGGUCUCACCUUUAGCCGAGCUCCAUAUCCCCUUCGCUCUCCUGCAUUCACCACCGUGCACUCCUCGGCGUACACGACAUAUCAAUUUGGUAUCAAAGAUUGACGACACAUGGACCUCUUCAUCGAUCCAUAAGGCCUUCAUCCACCACGUUGCCAUGAGCACCAGAUUUGUUUGUUGUCCGUCAUGACGCCAGUAGCAGUGCGCCCAUACCACUAUCCUUAGCAUUUGAAGGAUGGGAUGAGCAUUAGUUUGAUCAGAUGCUACACCAGGGCAUUAUUUGCGAGUGCACGUCUCGCCCGCCCUGCUCAUCAAGAAGGCGGACAAGACAUGACGCUUCUACAUCGACUUUCACGAGACUGUCAAAACAAAUUUCCCAUCCCGGUGGUUGACGAGCCGCUUUACGAGCUCUGCAGCACUCAUUUCUUCAACAAACUUGAUUUGCACAGCGGGCACCAUAAAGUCUGCAUGCACCCUGAUGACAUUGACAAGACAAUGUUUUGCACGCAUUGUGGCCACUACAAGUUUCUGGUCAUGACUUUUGGCUUGACUAAUGCGUCGCCAAUGUUGAAGAAGCUCCUCAAGCCGUUCAUCCACAAGUUUGUGCUAGUCUUUUUCGACAACAUAUUGAUCUUCAGCAACAUGUGGGCGGAGCACCUUCAACACAUCAACCAGGUGUUCCUGCUGCUCCGACAACACAAGGUGGCGUUGAAGCGUUCAAGUGUUAAUUUGGGGUGCAACUGUGGCCUACCUUGGUCACAUCAUCUUCGCCAAAGGGGUCGCCAUGGACCCUUCCAAGGUUGAUGUCGUCGAAGCAUUACCACCACCUAGAUCACUAUGGGCAGUUGGGCACUACACGGGUUCCUUGGCCUUACAGGCUCUUACCGUGAAUUCAUUGCCAGCUACGGCAAGGUUGUAGCACCGUUGACGACCUUGAUGAAACACGAGACGUUCUGUUGGACAGACGAAGCAGAAGAGGCUUUCAGGCAUCUCAGACAGGCCCGGAUGACCACCCUAUUGCUGCUGGUGCCAGACUUAGCACCGCUUCAUCAUCAACUGCGACGCAUCGGGCAUGAGGUUUGGUGCGGUGCUGCAUCAAGGAGUGGCGCCAUUGCCUUUUUCAGCAGGGCGAUGGCACCUCAACACCAGAAACUGCCUGAAUAUAAGCGUGGACUGAUUGGUCUGGUGAAAGCAGUUUGUUAUUGGCGGCCAUACAUCUCGGUUGCCUGUUCGUCGCCCGCACGAACCACUACAGCUUGAAGUUUCUUUUGGACCCACACCUAUCGACGACCCCCAACCAUGGUUUUUAAAGCGGUAAGGUGAGCCAAGGCGUUGGACCACCGCCUGGACGCCUAGGCGAGGUUGGCGGGCAAGGCGCCUAGGCGUUGGAGCUAUGCCUGGACGCCUAGGCGACGCCUUAAGAACAGGGCCCCCAACACACUUAGGUGAGCAAGCUCUUCGGCUACGAUCUGAUGGUGGAAUACAAGCUGAGGAAGCUCAACGGUGCGGUCAUGGCUAUCCACAACAUCACGACAUCGACAUUUGAGUUGUUUGAUGCCUUGCGCCCCGACUCUGCAGCCGACUAGCAGGUGGCCCUCCUGCGCUAGCAACUACUCGACGGGACUGCCAAGGAAGGUGGGGCUGAGAUUGUAGGUCUACUCUUCAAUGGUAAAAUCUGUGCCGGAUGCCUCUGCCCUUUGGCCGCAGCUACUGUCUCAUGUCCAUGACGCGGGCCACGGAGGUAUUAAAAAGACCAUCACUUGUUGUCGGGCGCCGUUCACCGUUCUACAACCCCCACAUCCUCCAGCAUGUUCAGGUGUUCAUCCGUGGCUACGCUGUGUGCUAGAGGAACAAGACUGAGCACCUCUAUCCUAUUGGCCUGCUACAGCUGUUGUCCGUCCCUUCGGAGGUAUUGAGCGAUAUCUCCAUGGUGGAGAGGCCACCAAAAGUAGGUGGCAAGUCUGUGAUUCUCACUGUUGUGGAUCAUCUCUAAGUUUGUGUAUUUUGUUGUGCUCAACCAUUCUUAUACAACAACAUCCAUGGCCAAAGUUUUCUUCGAUGGUAUUAUUCGUCUCCAUGGUCUGCCAUGUUUCAUUGUCAGUGAUAGGAACGCGGACUUCGCCAACUUAUUCUGGUCUGAGUUGUUCAAGCUGGCCGGCAUGAAUCUUCACAUGAGUUCUGCCUUCCACAUUUGGGUAGUCAGAGGUAGUGAAUCACAUUAUCACCAUGUAUCUGCGGUGCCUUGCUGGAGAUAGGCCACAAGAAUGGCUCAAGUGGCUGCUUUGGGCUGAGUUCAGCUACAAUUCAUCAUAUCAGACUGCCCUCAAAUGGUCUUCAUUCAAAGUGGUAUAUGGUCACGAGCUUUUAGUGCUACUGUCUUACCAGCUGGGGACCUCUUGUGUUGUGGCUGUCGACAAGCAACUGUUGGCCUGUGACUUAUUCUUGGCAGAGAUUUGCGAGCGGUUAAUUCAAGCUUAAGUGACCAUGAAAUGCUACUGGCACAAGAGGCGCGAGGUGGAGUUCAAGGAUGUCGACUUGUUUUGGCUGUGUUUGCAGCAACGCACUGCAGAGCGGAAGCACCAUUCAAACUUGAGCCCAAGUAUUUUGGACCCUACCAGGUUCUGCACCAAGUUGGCACGGUCUCAUACAAACUGCAACUCCCUCCACGUGUCGGAGUUCAUGACGUCUUCCAUGUUUCUCUCUUGAAGAAGUUUGAGGGUGCUACUCCAUCUCGAGUUGGUCCCCUUUCAGAGUUGCUCCGUGGUCGUGUGAUACCAACUCCAGAAAAGGUGCUGCGCGCCAGAUUGAACAGAGGCAUUUGGGAGGCAAUGAUCAUGGGAAUAGGUGGAGUUCAAGUUGCACUACCCAAACGUAGAGCUUGCAGACAAUCUUUUUGUCGGCAAGGGGAGAAAUGUUGUGGACCCCAUUUGUGGGGCGACAGUAUGCCAGGCGCCACCAUGGCUAGCUGAGAGUUUUGCUUAGGUUCUGUUAGUUGCUUGGCAGAGAAUAAGAGGGAGAGGCCUAUCCUUAUCCCGGUUUAGACGUGAGGCUUAUCCUCGGUUACUAGCUAUCAGUUAGAUGAAUAAUACGGACUCUACUUUUAUAAAGAUGGCCAUAGUCUAUACUAGGAAAUUAUCGAAAAAGAAGCUUUCCUUAGUUGGGGUGAGUUGCUUCAGUUCCCCUGGCACCCACUGCACCUGUAAGCGACAGCAGUCUGACCUUUAGCCGAGCCCUAUAUCCUUUUCGCUCUCUCCCACAAUAUCAGGAUCUCCUGUAUUCACUACUGUACACUCCUCGGCGUACUUGCCAUAUCACAAACACCCGCUUAAAACAGAUUACAUUUGCAUCCAUUAAAGUUUAGAAGGUGAAAAAUGACCCAAACUAGAGAUCCUAGCUAGCUGAGCUAGGGGCUGUGAUAAUGGAAGCCCAUUGGUUUCUGCUACACUCCAUAUCUGGCACUCCUCUCCAGCAAGCGUGAGGGCUGUGGAGAUGCUUGGUGUAUCUUAUCCUGGCUUUUUUUUUAAUCUUCUCAGUUAACGCUUUAAACUAGAGGGAGUAGUUUCUUUUGUUGUCUUUGGGUCAACACAAAACUCAUCAAAAUGAAAUAAUCCAGAUGUCAAAGCAAGAAAAAGGGAACAAACCUGCAGUCCACCUGCAGUGAUCUAUGAAUGCGCAAAAGCAAGAAAAAAUGAAAUAAUCUAGAUUGACCUAUCACCUUCAUCUAUACUUGCAGCUCAUUGUUGAGGCUUUGGUACACACUUACAGCCCACCUGCAGUGAUCUAUGAAUGCACAAGAACUUUUCUUGACCUUAAAUGAAGAAAUAACCUGGUUGCUGCGAUAGUGCGAUGUUUUCUCGGUUAUACUAGGAGCAUCGUGCUUGCAUUUUACUUUUAUACUGCUACUGUACAAUGCUUUCUUCUGAUUUUCCAAUGCCCAUGCUGAAAUGUGAUCUUAUAAUUUGUUUCUAUGACACUCUAUGUUUUCUGGUCGAGCGACCAGCUGGUCGACCUAGGGGUCCGACCAGGUGACUAAUCUCGACUAGUCGAUGACUAGGUCGACUAAUCGACCUUUGGUCGACCCUCGUCGUCUUCUAGUCGUCGUGUUCAUCCAAGACAUAUGUAUAGAGUAUAUAUGGUAUAUAACAGUGGCGAAGACAGGGACCUAAUUUCAUAGAAGGUAUUCAUUUUUUUAGCUAAUCACCAUGUAGAUAAUGCAAAAUACCUCCUAGCAGUCCCUCCUAAUCUGAUUUGGCCCCCCCUCCCUAAAUCCAAAUCCUGGCUUUACCUAUGGUAUAUAAGACCAUAUAUGUAUAGAGUAUAUAACAUAAUACUUCCUCCGUCUCAAAAUAUAGUUCUUUAACUUCUUUUUAGCCCUCUUUUCUUUCGUCUAAAUUCAUUCGAAUGAUAAUGAAUAUAGACAUAAAUACAAACUACAUUAAUAAAUUAAUGAAUGAAUGUACAUUUAGUCUAAAAUGAAUUAUAUUUUGGGGCAGGGGGAGUAUAUAACAAUAGUAUAGAGUAUAUAACUAUAUAUAAAGGGUAAGCAUGACAUGAAUUCUGCAAUACUCAUUAAGAGAAGAUAUUUGUUCAUCCAAUUGAAACAGUAACGCUCCCCAAUGACCCUAAAGUAAUGCAGGUGUUCAAAACAACAAAGAAACACUUACUACCUCUACAGGCAACUUCGGACCCUGGUCGCUCAGAACCGCUUGAUCGAGCGACUAAUUGUCCCUAGUCGUCGACUAGUCGGACAACCAGGGCGACCAGGUGUUCUGAUAGGGUCAGCUUCCCUAAUCGACCAUCCUAAACCGACUAGACCUACUAAUUGCAAUUAGUCGAACGACUUGAAAACAUAGAUGACACCCUGAUCCUGAUAAUUCUCACCGGUCAGGGUUUUAGGGUUUAGGGUUUGGGGUUUUAGCCCUCUUCUCUUUCGUCUGCAUUCAUUCGAAUGAUAAUGAAUAUAGACAUAAAUACAAACUACAUUAAUAAAUUAAUGAAUGAAUGUACAUUUAGUCUAAAAUGAAUUAGAUUUUGGGACAGAGGGAGUAUAUAACAAUAGUAUAGAGUAUAUAACUAUAUAUAUAAAGGGUAAACAUGACAUGAAUUCUGCAAUACUCAUUAAGAGAAGAUAUUUGUUCAUCCAACUAAAAACAGUAACGCUCCCCAAUGACCCUAAAGUAAUGUAGGUGUUCAAAACAACAAAGAAACACUUACUACCUCCGCAGACAACUUCGGACCCUGGUCGCUCAGAAGUGCUUGAUCGAGCGACUAAUCGUCCCUAGUCGUCGACUAGUCGGACAACCACGGCGACCAGGUGUUCUGAUCGGGUCGGCUUCUCUAAUCGACCACCCUAAAUCGACUAGAUUGACUAAUCGCAAUUAGUUGGACGACUUGAAAACACAGAUGACAUCCUGAUCCCGAUAAUUUUCACCGGUCAGUUCUAUUUUUGUUCUUGACCUUAAAAAUAAGGAUUGUUGCCUUGUGCUUUACAAAAAAUCUUUUAGCUUUUAAUCUAAACCCUGAUCAUAUACUAUGCCAAAUACAAGAAAUGCAUUUUAUGCUGGUAAAGACUUCGAACUUUUUUCCACUGAAUAUUGCCUGAGGAUCUGCUUUGCUUACUAGAAGUAUUUUACACAACUUUUAGUUUUCAGACACUACCUUCGUCUCAAAAUAAAUCAACUUCUAUAAUCAACUUGGACCAACUUUGUAGGAAAGAAGAAACAUUUAUUACACCAAUUAAGUAGAUUAUGGCAGUACAUUUCAUGAUGUACCUAGUGAUACUAUGCCCGUGAUUUUUAUAUAAAUUUGGUCAAACCCUGAAAUAAUUUGAUUUAGGACAACUCUAAAAGUUGAUUUAUUUUGAGAUGGGAGGGAUGAAGUUUCUUCUGGCAGUCUUGAUUCGGCUGGGAUCACAGGCCAUAUGUUAUGCUGAUUGGGCCUAAGUUUUUGUCAUUGAAAAUUUUGAAUUUCUGUAUCCGUUGGAACGUGAUUGAUUGACUGGAGGUAUGCUAUAUCGGUAUUUGAUCAAGUUGAAAACACCUGUCAGUGGUAGGAAAUAAAUGUAUUCAGUGGGAGGAAAAGAAAUGUAAUCACGUGAGCCGGUAGUCUGUGUACAACACUAGUGAAAUUGCUUUUACUGGCCAUUUGUGUAAAAACGUUUUACGCACUUCUGUAGAUACAUUAGUAUCUGAUAAGUUUCAACUGAUUAAAA